ACGUAGUGAAUGCAAGUCAAAAUGAAGGCGACGUACCUGUUGCUCGUUUUAUUAUCCUGCAUAAUCUGCUUUGGACAAUACGCCAAAGGAGCCAGAAUAUUGGGAAUGUUCCCUUUGCAAGGAAAAAGUCAUUUUGCAAUGUUUAAAGAGGUCUUAAAGAGUCUUGCUAACGCUGGUCACCAGGUUGAUGUCGUCAGCCAUUUCCCUCUGGAGAAUGCACCUCCAAAUUACACUGACAUAAUCAAUUUAGGAGGUACAGGUCUAGUAGUACUCAAUAGUAUGACAUAUGAAUUAAUGCAGAGUAUAGACAGUGCCUCAAUGCAAACCGUGGUUAAAUUGGCUGGGAACGAUAUUUGUGAAUCACUUGGAAAACCCGAGAUGCAGAAUUUAAUAAAGAAUCCUCCUACUGAUCCACCCUACGAUUUAGUCCUUACAGAGUUGUUCUUCGCAAGCUGCUACUUUGCCUUUGGAAGACAUUUGAAAGUUCCAGUGAUCGGUUUGUCCUCCGCAACGAUAGCGCCUCAUGCCAACGCACCCCUUGGCAAUCCCCUGAACUCAGCCAUCGUAUCCGAGAUCUCGGAUCGCCCGGCGUCUCACAUGAACUUCUGGCAGCGACUCAAGAACACAUUGGUCACCACAUUUGCGAAUUUACUAGUCAGACAUUAUAGCAGGGAGCAAAACAAUAUGGUCAAAAAAUACUUCGGACCAGAUAUGCCUAACGUCGAAGAGCUGGAAGGGGACAUGUCCUUACUCCUGGUCAACACCCACCCCAUUUUUCACGGCAUCAGACCUUUGACCCCGGCUAUUGUAGAGGUCCCAGGUCUGCAUAUUCAUGAUGAACACUCAACGAUACCAGCGCAUCUGAAGAAAUGGUUGGACGACAGUAGCGAUGGCUUCAUCUACUUCUCUUUCGGAUCAAUGGUUCAGUUCGAAUCAUUUCCGAGUGCUGACGUGCUCGAGAUAUACGCAGCAUUUGCCAAGGUUGCACCACUUCGUGUUCUAUUAAAAGUGGCGAACCCUGAUAAAUUACCACCGGGAUGUCCCGAUAAUGUACUUCAUCUGCAGUGGAUUCCACAAGUGCAAGUUUUGAAGCAUAAAAAUAUAAGAGGUUUUAUAACACACGGUGGUUUGAUGGGACUUCAAGAAGCAGUGGCCUACGGUGUGCCAUUGAUUGGCAUUCCUCUAUUCGGCGAUCAAAUGGGUAACAUAGACAUUUGCGUUGAUAGAGAAAUCGCCGUACGUUUGGAUUACAGAGAUUUGAAGGCAGAUAAGGUUGUUGCAGCCAUAAAGACUGUGACACAGGACCCCAAGUACAAGAAGAAUAUGGAUGCAGCAUCGAAGCAAUUUCUGGACCGACUAAGGUCACCGCACGACACGGCUGUUUUUUGGAUUGAGUAUAUUUUGAAACAUGGUGCAGAUUCCUUACGAUCACCAGCCGUUAAUUUGACGUGGUGGCAAGUAGCUCUGGUUGAUGUUUACGGCAGCGUAGUUGCUGCGCUUCUGAUCGUUCUUUACGCUUUCAAGAUUAUUUUUUCUUCGAUUGUUAGGCGGGCUUUUGGAAUGGGUAAAAUUUCACCAUUAGCUAAGAAAACUAACUGA